AUGGGAAGACACAUCAUAUUAGGAUUUGUGUUGCUUUUCUUGUUGUUGUUGGGGAUUGCCCAAUUAGGUUUGUGUGGAAGAUGCAUUGAAUCAGAGAAGCAAGCUCUUCUCAAGUUCAAAGCAUCUUUUCAUGAUGAUUCAUUUGAGAGCCUUUCCUUUUGGAAUCCCCAAACCAAUUGUUGCCAAUGGGAUGGCAUCACUUGUCACAAUGUUACUGGUCAUGUUCUCAAAAUUGAUCUCAGUGACUAUGUGCUACAAGCUACUGGCCUUGAUCCAUCUUUGUUAGAGUUGCAAUAUUUGAUUUAUUUGGAUUUGAGGGGAAUCAACUUCAAUGCCAUCUCGAUUCCUGCCUUUCUUGGUUCUAUGGGGAGGUUGAGAUAUCUUUCUAUCUCUGGGUCUAAUUUCAUCGGGAAGAUUCCUACCAAUUUUCUUAGAAACCUCGCAGCAUUGCAGUUUCUUGAUCUCAGUUGGAAUGAUUUGGACAUCAAUGACAUGAGUUGGAUCUCUAAACUUCAGUCUUUGCAACACCUCAAUCUAAGUAACGUUUACCUUGGAGAAGCUCACAACUUGUUCCAGGUACUUCACAUGCUUCCUUCUUUGUCACAACUCCAAUUAGAAGGAUGUGGACUUGGCAACUUGUCUGCUCCUCUUCCCCCAUUCAAUUUCACAAAUAAUACUAGAGUUCAGGUCUUGAAUCUUGCUCAAAAUGAAAUUGAUGGUCAAAUCCUUGAUGUGUUUCUAAAUUGGACUUUUGUUGAAUUCCUUGACCUCAAUUCCAACAAUCUUAGUUCAAUGCCAUUAUGGCUAGGAGAGUUUAGGAAUCUGGUUUCUCUUGAUCUUUCAUAUAAUGUACUUUAUGGACCCAUUCCUAUUGCUUUAUCAAACUUGACUUCCCUUGAAUACCUUGACCUUUCUGUAAACAAUUUUAGUUCAAUGCCAUUAUGGCUAGGAGAGUUUAGAAAUCUGGUUUCUCUUGAUCUUUCAUCUAAUGCACUUUGUGGACCCAUUCCUAUUGGUUUAUCGAACUUGACUUCUCUUGAAUACCUUGACCUUUCUCUAAACAAUUUUAGUUCAAUUCCAUCUUGGUUGGGAGAGUUAAGGAGCCUUUGCUAUCUACACAUCUCCAUGAAUCAAGUCACAGCCACACUAGAAAUUUCUGUGUCACAACUUUUAAAAAACAUGUGCCGCUUACAAAAAUUAUAUAUGGAAGGUGGCAAUUUUCAAGGAGAAGCAUUUGGUGACUCUGAUUUUUCUAGAUGCAUCAAAUAUGACAUAGAGGAACUGUAUUUGAGGAAUAAUAGACUCAAUGGCCAUCUGCCCACUUGGCUAGGGAAUCUUGAAAAACUAACUACCCUUGAUCUUUCAUGGAAUUAUUUUUCUGGUAAUGUUCCUCAAAGUCUUGGUCAUCUUGUUAAUCUAGAAUACCUUUAUCUCUCAAGUAAUUCUUUUAGAGGCAAUAUUCCUCGAAGUCUUGGCCAACUUUCAAAUCUAUAUGUCCUUGAUCUUUCAAGUAAUUCUCUUAGUGGUAAUAUCCCUCAAAGUCUUGUUCAACUUAUAAAUCUAAAAUACCUUGAUCUUUCAAAUAAUUCUUUUAGGGGCAACAUUCCUCAAGGUCUUUGUGAGUUUGUAAAUCUAACAACCCUUGAUCUUUCUCAUAACAAAUUCUCUGGUGAAAUUCUGAAUUGUUGGAGAUGUAAUCCACAAUUUAGAAUAAGUGAAAUAAAUUUUUCAUUCAACAAAUUAUCUGGUGCCUUCCCGGUCUCUGUCGGUGAGCUUUCUUCAUUAUUUUGGUUACAUUUGAACAAUAACCAUCUUGAAGGGAAGCUUCCAUUGACUUUGAAAAAUUUGAAUCAAUUGAUAAUUUUAGAUUUGGGUGUAAAUAAGUUUAUGGGAAGUAUACCAUCAUCAUGGACUAGUAACACUUUUCCUAUCUUGCAAAUUCUGAGGUUGAGGGAUAACAUGUUAGAUGGUAACAUUCCUUCAAAUCUAUGCCAACUCGGAUCUCUCCAAAUUUUGGACCUUGCAAACAACAAUUUAAGUGGCUCAAUACCCCAUUGCAUUGGCAAUCUUACCAAAAUGACCAAAGAUAGUGUUGAUAUAUGGGAAUCAUCCAAUCCAGUUGUUAUCAAGGACGUGUUGGUUAAGCAGUGGUAUGAUCAACAUGUGGAACAAGUUAUGAAAGGAAGAGAAUUAGACUAUACUAGAAUCUUGGAGCUUGUGGUCAACUUGGAUUUGUCAAAUAAUAAUUUGGUAGGAUCGGUUCCUCUUGAAUUAUUCUCGCUUGUUGGAUUGAUAGGCUUAAACCUUUCACACAAUCUUUUGAAAGGAGAAAUUCCAGAGAAAAUUGGAAAUAUGAAACAACUUGAAUCCUUUGAUAUCUCUUGCAACCAAAUUUCAGGUGCAAUUCCAAUGAAUGUGUCCAAGCUAACUGCAUUGAAUUAUUUGAACAUGUCAUAUAAUAAUCUUUCAGGGCCAAUUCCAGCUGAAAAUCAAUUCUUGACUUUGAAUGAUCCAUCUAUUUAUGCUGGCAACCCUUAUCUUUGUGGAACUCCACUAUCAAACAAGUGUCAAGGUGAUGAUACUCAUCAAGUUCCUGAAACCAACAAGGACUUGGAAGACGAAAAUGGUCCAGAAAAAGUGUGGUUUUAUUUCGUUGUAGCAAUUGGAUUUGCCUUUGGCUUUUGGGGAGUUAUUGGGACUUUAGUGUUGAAGAAGAAUUGGAGAUAUGCUUGUUUCCGACGAGUGGAAGAUGUAGCAGAUGAAAUAUAUGUGUUCACUUCUCCCAAAAUUGCAAAGCUAAGGAGGCUGCUCACGAACCAUGUCCAUGGUUGA